GGUGGGGCUGCGAGCAUACACGCAGAGUGCCGAAGGGUGUAAUAUGGUCAAAUCUGGUCAUGUCUCGUUCUCGUAGUAUUUCCUCAUUUGUUGACACCCCUGUUGAUUAAUUGUUGCAGCUGUAGUGGAGUUUACAUGUUCUCCACAUGGUUUCCUCCCGCAGUCCAAAAACAUGCGCGUGAGAUGUGGAGGCUGGUUAAUUAGAUAUGUGGAUGGUUGGUUGCCUGUUUGUUCCCUGCGACUGACUGGCAACCAGUGCAGAGCGCACUCCCGCCUCUCAUCUGAAGGCAGCUGGGAUCGGCUUCGUCGCACCCGUGACUCUGAAGAACAGGUAAGCGGUAGAAAAUAAAUGAUUAUGGAGCUUGUGUUUGGCAGCGAAAAUACCAAAAAGAAAAAUAAUAAUAAAAUGGUUGCGUGAACACUGAGGGGCUUUACAUUGGGAGAGUUCUUAACAUGAAAAGCUUUUCAUGUGGAAAUAGUAGUGUAAGGAAUAAUUGUCUCGAUGUGUGCUACAUUUGGAACCAUGACACAUUUUAAUCAUGCAUGCAGUGCUCUCAAAUUCCUGAAAAAACAUGUUAGUAGGUUUUUAUUCAAUGGGUGGUCAAACAAAUAGGAUGUUGGGAUGACUAAGAGUGGAUCAGCAGGUGCUUUCCACUUCAGAUUCCAUCACCGGUGCGGCACACCUUAGAAUGAAGUUUCUGAUAAAACGUCUGAUCAAGUACGCCUGCACGCUAAUUUCAUUUGGAGUCUGUCCCAAAACCUCUGCCUUGCUUUCUUCUAAUGUAAAUGAGACGAAAGAGAGAAGAAAUAUCAAAUAGCUUAUACUGUAAAUGAAUUCAGGAAAAUAAGUAUUUGAUCUCAUAGCAAACCGUGUCUUGGUAGUACUGAUGGUUUUUCAGCAGCGUGUAGACAACAGAAGAAACUGGAAUAUGCUGUACUUGAGAGUAGUCAAUGUACAGCUUUUGUAGCAGUAUUGAUUUGCUCUCCACGGAAAAUGACACACACAGUUUUGUUGAAGUAGCUGGCAGCACUUCAGCCAAGAAUGGUGCUGGGGCUGCAUGAGUGCUGCUGUCAAAGGGGAGCCACGAUUCAUUGAUGGAGGCAUGGAUUCCAACACUUACUGUGACAUUUCUGAAGCGAUCUCCUUCCCUUUGGAAACCGGGACGCCAGGUUUUGAGCCCAAACAACAUCCAAGAUGUGUAGUGCUUUGCUGAGGGAGGUGAAGGCGUGGAUCCUCAAGCGGAAGGUGGAGGAGCACAGCGUGCAUCAACACCCACUAGAUCCAUCAUAGAAGAAGAUUCCAGUAACAACCUGUGCAGUUCUGCUGAAUUCCAUACCCAGGAGGUUUAAGGUUGUGUUGGAUAACUCACAGUAAAUACCGACACUUUGGACGUGGUCACUGUGAGGUGGACUCACUUGUGUUGCCAGCUAUUUAGAACAAUGGCUGUGUGGUGACUUCUUUCCAAGCUUUACACUCACUCCUCAAGGUUAACGUAUUUUGUUCUUUGAAAAGACACUUCUUUGAAAUGGAUGCUCAGGUUAUUUUUUGAGAAACUGUCAAAUCUGUCCAGAAAUAAUUAAAGCCGAGCUGCUUUCAUUUCUGUACCAAAACAGAAAGUAAAAGUGUGUUGGAGAAUCAGCCUCAUGGAGCCACUGCGGUUCACUAAAGGACAUGAGACAGCUCACGUUUAAUCGAGAAUAUAUAUUUUUUACGUGUGGAAUACAUAAGAAAAAAGAAAAAGAAUUGCGGUGCGAUACAGAACAGCGGCGAACCGAGGCUACCAGGUUCCAAGAUGCAGGAAAUGGAUCAGGAUCCCUUUUUCGGUGAUGACUAUGGAGAGUUGCCAGAUGAUUUGUCAGAGUUCAUGAACGACGACUACCUGGUGACAACAGUUGAUACAGGCAGCCUCUUUGGUGAUGAUCACCUGCUGAAUUUUGGCGAAGAGCUCAGCAACUUCAGUGACACUCCAAUGCCAACUGAGCUACCCAAGCCAGACAGCAACCAGGACGGAGGAAAAAUUAAACCAACCACAAGGAAUAAUCGUCAAAAAGGACCAGGAGCUUCACGAUCAAACGCAGCACGCCAGAAUUCCAGAACAAAAACUGAAGGCGCUGACACAGGAUCGGUGCAGAGUCGGGGAGAGCCAACACUUCUUUCUACACCUCCAACGAAUGUCUUUCCUCUCAAUACCUCGGUCGCAUGCAUCACAUUCCCAGACACUCCAGUUUAUCAUUUUCAGAGACUGAAGAUCCAUCCAGUACUCAGGCUUCCUCUUCCCUCUGCUGCUGCUCCUUCGUACAUUUUAGUACCUCCUUCACAACCGGCAUGUCAACUAAAGCAGCCACCCUUCCCCCAAGAGAUGGCUCCUAGUAACGAAUCAACCAAAGUUCAACAGUCUCCCUCCACGAUAAAUAUUCCACAGAGCGUAAAGGAGUACAUUGAGUCCGCCAAAGCCUACAUGAAUCAGACCUGUGAGGAGAUGGAGCCAGGGCUGAGUUUGACCUCUCAUUACGUGGACGCUCAACUGAUCCGGCGGGAGCGCUUUCACUCGCAGAAAAAGAAAAGGAAGAACAAAAACAGCAUGUGCAUAAACAAACAACUGGAGGCCAUGGGAGAUAUUGACCGACAAAAAAGAGUGCUCAAAUUGAGCGAGAUAUUUGAGAACGCCGAUGGAGAACCCAAACAAUACAUACUGCUGCUUGGCAACGCAGGCAUGGGCAAAACCACCCUGAUCAGAAAGCUAUGUCAAGACUGGUCAAGGGACCGCCUCCCGCAAUUUGACUUUCUAUUUUUGCUGAAUGGCAAAGCUGUCAGUUUAACAGAGGCUUCCUACAGUCUUCAGACUCUUCUACUCGACCUCUCCUCCUUUGUCCCUUCUGGCAUCAAUGCUCAGGAAGUCUACACUCGAAUUCUUGCAACCCCCAAACGUGUGCUCAUCAUUUUUGAUGGAUUUGAUGAACUUCGGGACUAUGACAUUCUAUUUCAAGGCCAAGAAAAGGACUACGCUGUGGUGGAGAAAGAAACUAAGGGCAAGUCCUGUACGGUUAGCCAGCUGUACUCUGUCAUCCUACAAAGGACCGUUCUCAAAGGAUGCACUCUUCUGCUCUCUGCCAGACCACGAGGCACAGCCUCCCAAAUAGUGCAGCGAUUGGACAGUCUUUUGGAGAUUAGCGGCUUUACUCUAACUUCUAUAGAGGACUAUUUCCUCAAGUACUUUUCUGCACCUAAUGUCAGAGAAUAUGCUAUCAAGUGCUUACACGAGUGCAGCUACCUCCGUCACCUUUGUUGGAAUCCAGGACUCUGUCGACUGGUGUGCUUGGUUUUGGAACACUCCAACGGUUCAGAGGACCUUCCGAAAACUUUAACUGAGCUCUGCCAUCAAGUGCUUUGUAUUAAAAUGCAAAGUGACAACUGGGGCUCAUGUACUCAGGCAAAAGAUCAAAGUCAAGUGCUGCUCCGAUCUUCAGAGGAAGACCUGAUGCAAGUCUCAAACAGAGCUCAGGUGAGAAAAGGAAAAAGAACAAUGAAGAGAAAAUGGUGUAAAAAACCUGCUAAGAGGAAAAUUCUUGUUGUUGGACCGGAGGAAAGAGAGUUGCUUUCUCAGUUAAGCUAUUUGGCCUGCAAAGGAGUCAAGGCCAGCUCUUCCAUCCUCCCGGAAGAAGUAAGCUUGCGUUCGCAACUCAAGACGUUUGGGCUCAAGUGGGGACUUUUCCUUGCGUACCAAGUGAGAGCAAGACCAGCCUACUCAAGUGGUGAAAGGGGAAGAGGAGUAGAAGCAGAGGAAGGAGAGGUGGAAAGAGAAGAUGCAAAACGAAGGAAAAAGCAUGUGUGUGGGCAGAGAGAGAAAAAUGAUUUGAAGAGUGACCACAUCUUGCUUUGGGCCAACCCCUUCCUACAGUGUUACCUAGCGGGAGUCCAUAUGUCCCUUUCAAGAAAUUUUGAAUACAAUCACUUCAUCCAGAACCUCCUCAUCCAGUCUCGUCCAAAGGGACGUCGUCGUCUCCAAAUAGAGGUGCAAGAACUAACUCAACGGUUCGUGGUCGGCAUCAUGUUCCUUCACAGAACCCAGCAUCGUAGGCUUCAUCUCGACAUAAAGCCCCAAAAGCGUGAUUUUGUGACCAACCAUCUAAAGAGGUUUUCCCUUGCUGCCCUGGCCCCAGGACAGGCCCUGGAGGCAUGCCACUAUCUUUUUGAGUCUGGUUUCGCACAUGGCAACAGGAGUAGUGACAGCGGAGAGGCACAGGUGGUCACUCAUAAACCUCCUAAGGUGCUCGCAUUUCACAGUGUUCCACUCAGCCCGCUGGACGCCUUUGUUGUGCAGAAGAUUCUCGAAAAGGCCGAACCUUUUUCUUUAGAUCUGCAGAACACCGGAAUCCAGAUCUCGGGACUGAGGUCCCUCGUGAGUCUUGGCAUCUGCCGCACUUACAGGGCCUGCAUAGCUGAUGUCAUUGCCCUGUGGGAGCAGUUAGAGCAGAGCGGUGAAAGGGGGCUCCUAAAAGAGAUGGUGACUAAGUUCCAGGUCCACCCUCUAAAAGUCAUGCAAGUGUGUCAAAUAGACCACUUGGCAAAGCUGGUGAACGUCCAUCUGCACAGGAGGCUGUCAGACUGUCUCAGAGACCCUGAUCCCAUCUUGGAAGAGGGAGUCCCAGCCAUCACGGGGCUACACAAACUAGAGUUUGAGCUGGGUCCAGAGCGUUGGCCCCUGGCUGUCCCCAGGCUUUGGGAGUUUCUACCAGAUUUACGUGACCUCCAGCACCUGGAUUUAGAGGGCAACAGGAUCGGAGACGAAGGAGCUGAGCGGCUGGCUGAUACUUUUGCCUCCCUCUGCUUUCUAGAGAUACUCAAUCUGUCACAGAAUGAUAUAGGGGACAAGGGGGUGAGGAAACUGGUGACCACACUGAAGGAUCUACCCAAACUGCACUGUUUAAUCCUCUACAGCAAUGUGAUUUCUGACAGAGGAGCCUGCAGCUUAUCCGUUGUCCUCCCUGACAUGACUUCACUGACGGACCUCGACGUGAAGUAUAACAAGCUGUCAGACGUCGGCGCAGAGCGCUUGGCAGCAAGCCUGAGGGACUGUAAACAAAUGAAGGCGUUAAGGAUGUGGAACCAGUGCAUUCCAUCUGGAGUAUUUGAGAGACUUAAGCAGCAGGACCCCAGGAUACGUUGGGAUUAAAGGGCGAUAGAACCUCAGGUCCAUGGACCACCCUCUGUGCACUCUUACAUUUGUCAUAAUAUAUAUAUAUACACAGUAUAUACAGUAUGUGUGCAGGCCACAUAGACCAUGAGAGGACAAAAGAGGGGAUGCUACUAAAAUUCCUCUGUGUUCCUUUAGAGCACCACAUAGCACGUGUACUGUACUUGGUCAAACCAGGUAGAAAUACAUUUGCACUAUUGUUUGACACUGGAGAAAUAAAGAACUGACCCGAAAGGACUAUACACUAUAUAAUACACUGCAAAUACUAUACCAUGUCUUCUCUUUUGUUGGACACUAUUGUUUUACUUGACUGUAAAUGUUUUAUAUUGUCAACAUAUCAUGUCUGUUUGUUUUUUUAUCAGUCUAUUAAAAACCUUUGACUUC